GGACAAUUCCAUCUAGGAAGGUGUCCUGAGCCCACAAGAUGUCUAGAGAAGAGGCUCACUCAGUCUAUGGCUACUCCAGAAAUGGACAAGGACACACCCACAUCACUAUCGAACAGGCUGCAGGAAUUGGCAUCCUGAUAGUGAUUCUGGGAAUUUUACUGCUCAUAAGUUGCUGGUAUUGGAGAAGACGAAGCGGAUACAGAAGCUUGAAGGAAAAAAGCUUUCCUGGGGGUACUAAAGGUACCUUGAUAGGAAGAUACCCAUGUGAGCACCUUGGUCACCAGGAUGGCAAACUGCCUUUUCAAGAAAACAAUAGUGAAACUGUGGUUCCUAAUGCUCCACCAGCCUAUGAGAAGGUCUCUUCAGAACAGUCGCCACCACCUUACUCACUAUGAGAGCCAGCAGUGCCUCUGGACAUAGGCUGAAGCAAUUCCUUUCAUCCUUUUGCUGAGUGUAUUUUGGACUUCUCUUUUGCUUUGGAAUGCUAUAGCAGUGUACAAUAUCUUCAGUAAUAAGCAGCAUUAAGGUCUUAGUAGGGCAAAUGGCAAACACUAAUUAAGUGAGGAAAUAGUACUAAAAUGAAAAAAAUAAACACUAUAAUGCAUGCC